AUGUCGCAGGAUAUGCCCCCCGUUGGGGGCUAUCGCCCUGUUCAAUACAAGCGCAACAUUCCUGCUCGCGGUUUCAAGCCUUUUACCUACCUCGUCGGCAUGCAUUUGAUUAUGGGAUAUGGUUUCUACAAAUACUACUACGGAGUUCGCGAAUUGAAUGAACUUGCCCGUGAAAAGAUGUGGUCUCGUAUCCAUCUCAUCCCCCUCCUUCAAGCUGAAGAAGACCGUGACCAAGUGCGUCGACACUUUGCCGACCAGGCUCGUGAGAAGGAGCUUCUCGGAACUGAGACCAGCCCAUACCACUCUGACAGAUUCGUCCGCCCGAGCUUCACAUAUACCCCCAGCAACGUCACUCAAUAG